AUUUCUUUGGCUCUAAUAAGACAUUUUACUUAUAUCUGAGAAAACAAUUGUUUCGUUACCUUUGCUGGGAUUAAAAUGUUACACCAUUUAAUAAAGAAUAGCUGUAGGUCUAAAAGUUUUGUUAGACGCAUCCAUGAAAAGUGCAAAAAAUUGAUCAAAGUUCAAGUUAAACAAGGUAUUGCUGUGGGUGAGGAGCGGAACUUGCCUAAUGGUAAUAGUUAUUAUAGUUUUCAGGGUAUUCCAUAUGCAAUACCACCGACAGGAGAAUUACGUUUCAAGUCACCUUUGCCUUUGGAACGUUUCGAUCAACCCGAGUUGUUUUGCCUUAAGGAAAGGGACGUAUGUCAUCAACGUGACUCUUUUACAGGUGAAGCAAUCGGCUCAGAAAAUUGCUUGUUUUUGAAUGUUUAUGCCCCUAAGGUGCGUAGCCAUGUCGCAAAAAGCUUACCGGUUAUGGUUUUUGUGCAUGGUGGGGGUUUUUGGUUUGGCAGUGGAAAUAGUGAUUACUACUUACCGUUAUAUCUUAUGCAAGAAGGUGUCAUAGUAGUCACGUUAAAUUACCGUUUGGGUGCUUGGGGUUUUCUGGUCUUACCCGAGGAAGGCGUGUGGGGUAAUUCUGGUCUAAAAGAUCAGCGCUUAGCCUUGAAAUGGGUAGCAGAUAACAUCUCAUCAUUUAAUGGCAAUCCCGGCAAUGUAACCUUAUUUGGAGAGUCGGCUGGUGCUGCGGCCGUGCAUUUGCAUUUAUGUUCACAAUACGAUAAUAAAUUUUUCCAUAAAGCUAUCAUGCAAAGCGGCAGUGCCAAUAUGGAAUGGGUGUUUCAGGAGAACCCCUCUUACAGAACUCGACGUUUAGCUGAACUGUGUGGCUUCCAGCAAUCUUGCAACGAUGCGAAAAAUAUGCUUAAAUUUUUGCAAUCACCUUCGGUAACCCCAGAAAAAAUACUGGCUAAAACUGUUGAUACCCUAACAGUAGAAGAACGACGCAAGGCUUUGCCAUUUGCCUUUAAACCCGUUAUCGAAGACAAUCAAAGUCCGGACUGUUUUAUAUCUACACCUAUAAUGGAAAAGCUAAAAGAGUAUAAUUUUUUGCUUAAUGUACCCAUAAUAAUGGGUUAUAAUUCGGCUGAGGGUUGCCCAAUGUUAGUUAAUGUACGCAAGAAGACGGACUUGUAUGAAAAUGAUUUUGAACGCUUAGUGCCGCGAAAUCUACCGUUAGAAACCGAGGAAGAUAUACAAGCAAUAGCUCGGAAAAUGCGUGACUUUUAUCUAAAGGGUGAACGAAUAUGUAAUGAAAAUCUCGAUCAAGUAAAAAACCUUUUAAGCGAUAAUCAUUUCAUAUUUGAAUUACAAAAUGCAGCCGAACUUAUGGUGAGAUAUCAGCCUGAAGCACGCGUAUACUUUUAUCGUUUUGAUUACGUGGGCGGACGUAAUUUCUACAAAACUCUAUUGCAAAUGGACAAAUUAAAAGGAGCUUGUCAUGGUGACGAACUAUUCUAUCUGUUUCAAAUGGCCGCUGAAGAGUUGAAAUACAAUGCCAACGAUUUAAAAGUUACCCAGCAAUUGUGUAAAUUGUGGGCGAAUUUUGCCUACGCCGGGCAGCCCACUCAUGUAGAUUUUGAAAAUCCUUUAGUCUGCGAUUGGCGACAUGUAAAAGCACCAGAAAAUGUGGAAACGUCUACCUUUUCAUUAGAUUAUCUAAAUAUAGAUGGCAGUGAUGGACAAAUGAAAUGUAAUCCUGAUCAAGAGAGAAUGGAAUUUUGGCGUGAAAUUUAUAAAAUUUAUAAACCAAAAGAUUAUUCAAAACUAAGUAUGAACAAAUAAUAAUAGCCGCUCACACAAACUUAGAGCCUGAAAACAUUAUUAAAAACACCUAAAAAUGGUGCUCUUGUUAAUAGUGUGGAAUUUUAGGUUAGCCGAUCAGGUCAAACGAGUUUGAACAAUGAACAUCUUUUACGAACUCUUCUUAAAUUUAUAUUUUUAUACCAUACACCACUUUUGGUACAAGAAUAUAACGAAUUGUCAACACACAGAAGGACUUAAAAUAGAACCACGUUUUCGUUUACCCACCAAAUUAGAGAAUGAUUCUAUGGCCUAACCGUGUCUGCUCGUCUGCCCAUGUUGUUUGCUUGCGUUCAAUAUAUAGGCCGUAAUUUUUUAUAUUUAUUUUGACCAAAAUUUGGCGCACUGACGUGCUUUGAUCCAAGGACGAGUACUAUUAAAAAUGGCUCAAUUCAGUCCCCUUUUCGACAUGUUUUCGAAAAAAAUCGCAAUUCUCAAAUUUUUCUGACAAAAGUCCCUGAAAAAUUUGGUUCGGCCGUUUCUAUUAGAGCUGAAACUUAAGCAAGCCCUUAUAUAGGAAGGCUUAUAUCUAGUUUUUCACGAUGGAAAUUGAAAAAUAAUAAAAUUUUUCCUAAAUACGAAUCACGUCAUGUAUUAUUGCCAAAACUAAUGAAUAAUUGUACUAGGCGAAAUGGUGUAGGGUAUCUUAUGGUUGGUCUUGCACGGCCAUAAGUCCAAUAUUAUAUAUUUUUAUGCCGAUCUGCUGCUGGAGGUAGUUGCCUGUGCCACUAGUGCUUUUGCCUGGGACUUUAACUCGUGGUUAGGCUUACAUUUUGUAGUUGCGUAGGUUGCUUGUUUCUGUUCCUUUUUGGUGUAGGUUGCUUGUUCUUCUUCCUUUCAUCUCGUUUAAACCGGUCUUCAUUAGUCCCGCGUGCAAAUCAAACAAAGAGACCAAAUGAUCAGGAUAUCGAUUUAAAUCGUCGGCCAUAUUCAAAAGCGUAAUAUACUUGUUUUAGAUGAGGAAAUAUUUCAAGAAAGAAUUUGUUAAAGUAUGAUUUAUCCACGCGUCCUCAUUUUUGGAGAUAUAAUAAUACUUAAUACCUUGAUCGAAAUAAUUGUAUAAACAACAUUUUUUAAUUAAUUGAGAUUCAAAUCUGAUUUGCAGUUGCCUCUGGAUCUUUAUUGUUUGUUUGC